GGCGCGCAGCCGGUAGCGGGCGCGCGCGCUGCCGCCGAGGCCGCGCGGCCUCGCAGGGCGCCCGCCGCCAUUUUGGCUGGGGCGCGUCGCUUCCGCCGCUGCGGAGUUAGCGGAGCGGGAGGGAGCGUGUCGGGCGCGGACGGCGCUGUCGGGCGAGGGAGGCGUCGGGGUCGGCUGCGGUGGAGGUGCUGAUGUGGCCGGAGCGGAGGCGCCAGCGCGGCCCGAGCCCCGGUUAAGGCGAAGCGCAGCAGGGAUCCGCCAGAAUGAAACGAGGAAGGAAAAUUAAUGAGGCUAACAACAGUUCAUCUGAAGAAACAGCUGAGAAAGAAUCCAAGAGACACAAGAUUACAGAUGAGAAAAACAUAGUUGUGCAGAGUCCUGAUUGGGCUAACCUGCUCCAAGACAUUAUCCUGCAGGUAUUUCAGUACUUGCCCCUUCUGGAUCGUGCUCAUGCAUCACAGGUCUGUCGGAGUUGGAACCAAGUGUUUCAUAUGCCUGAUCUCUGGAGAUGUUUUGAGUUUGAACUGAAUCAACCAGCGACAUCUUACUUGAGGGCUACACAUCCUGAACUAAUCAAGCAAAUAAUUAAGAGGCAUUCCAAUCAUCUGCAGUAUGUAAGCUUCAAGGUGGACAGUAGCAAGGAAUCUGCAGAAGCAGCUUGUGAUAUUUUAUCACAACUUGUGAAUUGCUCUCUGAAAACACUUGGGCUAAUUUCAACUGCCCGGCCAAGCUUCAUGGAUUUACCAAAGUCUCACUUUAUUUCUGCACUGACAGUGGUGUUUGUAAACUCCAAAUCCCUCUCUUCACUUAAGAUUGAUGAUACACCAGUAGAUGAUCCAUCUCUCAAAGUACUAGUGGCUAACAACAGUGACACGCUCAAACUGUUAAAAAUGAGCAGUUGUCCUCAUGUUUCUCCAGCUGGUAUCCUUUGCGUGGCUGACCAGUGUCAUGGUUUACGUGAGCUGGCACUGAACUACCAUCUGCUGAGUGAUGAGCUUCUGCUUGCUUUGUCUUCUGAAAAACACGUCAGAUUAGAACAUUUGCGUAUUGAUGUUGUCAGUGAAAAUCCUGGACAGACUCAGUUCCACACGAUUCAAAAAAGCAGCUGGGACGCUUUCUUCAAGCAUUCUCCAAAAGUAAAUUUAGUAAUGUACUUUUUCUUGUAUGAAGAAGAGUUUGACCCAUUCUUUCGUUAUGAAAUACCUGUCACUCACCUUUACUUUGGAAGAUCGGUAAGCAAAGAUGUACUCGGCCGCGUUGGGAUGACGUGUCCUCGGUUAGUCGAACUGGUUGUAUGCGCUAAUGGAUUACGGCCACUGGAUGAGGAGCUGAUUCGUAUUGCAGAACGUUGCAAGUAUCUGUCGGCCGUUGGCCUAGGAGAGUGUGAAGUCUCUUGCAGUGCCUUUGUUGAGUUUGUCAGGAUGUGUGGUGGUCGUCUCUCUCAGCUUUCUAUUAUGGAGGAAGUUUUGAUUCCUGACCAGAAAUACAGCUUAGAGCAGAUUCAUUGGGAAGUUUCAAAGCAUCUUGGUAGAGUCUGGUUCCCAGACAUGAUGCCCACAUGGUAAAGUCCUUAAAAGAUUUCAGGGCAGAUGGAAUAGCACCUUAAACCCAAGCUUACCAUAUUGCAAUUUAGUAUAUAAGCUUAUUUAAUACUGUAGUUUUUAUUGUAAGUCACUGCAUUGUUUUAUAGAAAAUGAAUUUCUUGUUUAAAAAUUAUUUCUGAAAUCCAGAUUUAAAAAUAGAACUUGUGAGUAGCACCAAAAUCUUUUUUUAUCCAAACAAAAUGUUUUCUGUUUAGAUUUGCUCUUUUCAUUGACAGUGACCACAAACUUGUAUAGAAAUAAAAAAUUAUUUACAAUAUUGAAAUGUACCUGCAAGAUAUCAGUAGUCCAUAUGCUGUCCAUAUUUAGAUGCUAAUACUGAACACAAAUUGGAUUUGAUCUUAAAAAUAGAUAAAAUUGCAUGCUUCUGUUGCAGACUAUAGCAUUUCUAAAUGCAGUCACCUAGAUGACAGGAUCAAGAUUAUACGGAAUAUUUAGUAAGCUGUAAAACAUGCACCUUCUUUUAUAUAAAAAUCAUAAGAGGCAAGAGCAAUACACAGUAAUAUAGUUUAGAUACUUAAAAUAUUAAAUUUACUACCUUUAUUCAACAAAUUAUUAAACCCCUCUAAAAUGUACUUAGAGUGUAAGCAAAUAGUAAUGAGAGUUAACAAAAGUUUUGUUUUGUUUUGUUUUCUUCUUAUGCAUUUUAAUGUAGUUUGCUUAUGGAGUCUCAGAUCCAUGCCUAAACCUGUUUUAAGGUAUUAUGUUCAGCUCAGGAAGCGAAAGCAUUCUGGGAAAAAAUGUAGAUAUAUUGUAUUUAAAAACAUGCUGGAGUUAAUGAGCUUUUCUUGCGCAUUAACCAGUUUUGUAGCAUAAGGUUAGACUGAACAGUGCAUGGUUUAUUAGAUGAACACUGCGAUGUUAAACAUGACGACAUGGAUGUGAAGAGCAUAGUGAGAGGAUAGAAAAUUAAAAUUUGAGUGAUGACCAAGAACCUUUUAACAAAAUCUUAGACGUAUUCGCUGCUUAAAAUUUUAGAAAAAUGGCUUUAUAACAGUUGCUUAAGCUGUAUAAACUACUUAUAUACUGUAAAUCUGUUUCAGAAAUGUUUAUAUAUAAAGUGAAUGUUUGAUAGAUGAUCAUUUUGUAUACCUUUUAAGCUGGUUCAAUCAUUUCAUAAUAUUUAAAAAUCUAAAAGCGGUAAACUUGCGUGAAUUAAGCAAUCAGUGAAGUAGAGCAAUACGCAGUAUUUUUUUUGAAUAUCGGUAAGUCCUUUUAUUAAAGAAAGUAUUAUAAUAGUCUGUAAGUGGCGUAGGCAACGUAUUGCCUGUGAUCUGGAUGUGGCUUGUGACUUCAUUUCUUAACACCAACAGUUACUUUAUUAUUAUUACAUUUUCUCUUUUGCAUUAUUGAUUGAUAACACUAAAAUAUUAAUGUGGCUGCUGAAUGUGUUUGAAAGAUGUGAUCAGCCAUCAGCAAGGCAAAGCCUCCCCAGUUCUGGGCUGUGUUGAACUUUGGUGGCUGCUUUUCAUUUGAGCUGUACAGCUAGUUCUACUAAUAAGUAGACUUUCUUUACUUUUGACUUUAGUAGAUGUUUAUCCAGAUAUAUAGGCCAACUGUAAUACACUUAUGAGCAUAUUUAAGUUCAUAAUUAUAUUUUGAGCAAGUGUUGCUCAGUGGACUGGAUGUCUUUACAGAGGAGUUGUAUGUUUCUGUAGAGUUUUGUGAUUUAAAAAUCUCAAUUAAAUGUGUUUUUGUAUUAGAAUUUGUUAAAUUAAUGUAAUACUAUAAUUUGCUUUUAUUUGUAUAAAAGGUGACAAUAUAUUUAGACCGUAAAAGUAAAAAAAGAAAAAGUUUUCUUGUA